CACUUCAAACGGGAUGCCUCGGCUCGUGACGUGUGCGCGCACUUCUGUGUGGAGCUGAGAGAGCGGCAGAAGAUGAGGAGGAGGUGAACCAACCGAAGACACACCGGGAGGACUACUGCUUGUCUCGCACAGACAGCGUCAUGCUCGGUCUACUGCGCCCUCUGCCGGCCAUGUGCCUGUACCUGCUGCUGCUGCUGCUGCCCGGUGGACACUGCAGGAUCCUCGGGUACAACAAUGGCUUUCACUACCAGGACAUCAGCAACGGCAACGGGAACGGAGAGAUCUAUUUCAAUGGGGUUCGUCUCCAUGUGGAGUCCCCCCAGCCUUCAGUGUCGGCCACGAGGGGGAGCAGUGUCACCCUUCCCUGUCACUUCCACUACGAGCCUGAGCUGGCUGCACCACGCAGAACUCGCGUCAAAUGGUCCUGGCUGCCUGCCAACACCAUCACUGCACCUGUUUCCCCUGAAGCCUUCGCCAGGGAAACUGAGGUUAUGGUCGCCAUGGGCAACCGUCACCGCAGCUACGGCAGCUUCCGGGGCCGUGUCCGUCUGAGGCGCUCAGCGCCAGGGGACAUGUCUCUAGUCAUCAAUGAGCUGCAACUCAAUGACACAGGAAGAUAUCGCUGUGAGGUGAUCGACGGCCUGGAGGAUGAGAGUGUGACGGUGGAGCUGGAGCUGCGGGGUGUGGUGUUCCCCUACUACUCUCAGAAAGGACGCUACCAUUUUAACUUCUUUGGGGCCCAUCAAGCAUGCCAGGAUCAGGACGCCACUCUGGCUACAUUCGAGCAGCUCUUUGCAGCGUGGGAGGAGGGGCUAGACUGGUGUAACGCCGGCUGGUUGGCUGAUGGCACUGUUCAGUAUCCAAUCACAGUCUCUCGUGACGGCUGUGGGGGUGAAGACUUGGCUCCUGGUUUGCGGAACUAUGGACAACGACAUCGGAUCCUCCACCACUAUGAUGCUUUCUGCUUCUCAGCCUCUGUAAAGGGGACUGUGUACUUCUUAAAGCAGUCGACCAAGCUCAACUUCACUGAAGCAGUUCAGGCCUGUGCUAGCGAUGGAAGUCAGAUUGCCAAAGUGGGGCAGCUGUACGCUGCAUGGAGGCUGAUGGGAUUGGACCGCUGUGACGCAGGCUGGCUGGCUGACGGAAGUGUCCGUUAUCCUGUCACAAAGCCCCGGGCUAACUGUGGCCCACAGCAACCAGGUGUGCGCAGUUUUGGGUUCCCCCCGCUGUCCCUGAAAUUUGGUGUCUACUGUUAUCGAUAGACUUUCUGACUCAGCACGAAGCAAAAACAAACGGUGAACUGGUUCAAAGCUUUGCUCAGGAGGGUAGCAUUAGCUGUAGCAUGGAUGCAAAUUAGCAGUUAGCCAGUUUGUCAAUUUCUCAGCUGUUUAAAGUGAUAUGGGUUAUUCACUGUCCGCCUCCAUGAGACCAACGUCUUAGUGUUGAACUUAACCACCAGUCAACAGCAAUUAAACUAUGCACAUCCAUCAAGUAGCACUACUUGUACAUGACUCAAUGCCUACACUAUAUAGUCAAAAGUAUGUGGACACUGGAACAUCGUACCCAUAUGUUACUGUCGACCAUCUUAUAUAACCAUGGGCAUUAUUAUGCUGCUAUAAAACCCUUGACUUUUGUGUGAAGCUGUAAUCCACAUUUUUGAAACAGGAGAGGGUUUUCACUGUUGCCUUCAAAAUGGAGGCACACUGUCUGAAAUCUAUUUAUUUUUGAUGUAGCAGAAAGGUUUCCAUUUAACCCGAGGACAAAAUCCUAACCAUAAAAUCGGCCCUUGAGAACAAGUACAGAAAACUAUAUGGAAGUGUCUACAUACUAUUGGCCAAAGAGUGUAGAAUAUUAGGUCGCAAUGUCAUCAUUCUGAAGAAAAGACAUCAUCCCAUGGUUAGUUCUUACAUUCAGUUAUUUAUGGGGCAAAUUUCGCUCUUCGAUAAUUCUGUUAACAGUUCUGAAAUUUGACUCAACAUUUUUGGAAUUUGCUUCACCAACGGAGCUGACUUUCAUUCACAGAUGAGACACUUCAAAACCAGGUGAGGUGUCCAGACUCAGAAAAGUCUCCCUAUUCAAGUUAUUUAACUGCUCUACAAUCAUAACUCAGUCCUUCAUCCACCCCAUAUUUACUAGUCAUAUUUAUUAAUUUUCGUAGUUGGUCCACAGAUUUUCAUCUCUUGCUAAUUGUAGAUUAUUUCCAUUACAGUCUUCUUCUGCCUUUCUUGCAAUGUGAAAUUUACUGUGUAUCCACUUUUAUAAGCUAUGAUAUGUCUCUUUUUCAUUUUUAUAAAGAGUGAUUAAGAGUAGUGCUCUGUGCUGGAGAAAGCAAAAAUCCUGAGUGUUUCUUUGUAUUGUUCUAAUACCUAACUACCUUGUUUACAUACUUUGUGGAAGAAGAAACAGUGUAGCAUUAAACCUGUGUUCCUUUUGUGUUUUUCAUUAUGUCUACACAUUUGUACUAUUUUCUACAAAUUAAUAAAAACACUGCUGUGAAUACAAUA